UGACAAAUGGCGAAGUGAAGUUGUGAAGUUAACCUUUGAUUUUUCAAUCUUUCUUUUCUGUCAACAAAUUUUUUAAAGGGAUAUGGCGAACUGCCGGAGCCUUUUCGGUAUAUUAAGUACUCGACAGAUUUGCGUAUUCGUAGCCCCACAAGCCUCUAAAAACAUUAGAUAUCUCCACAAGUGUCUGAAUUGUAAUGUCAGUACACUUACAUUUGAUUUGAACAAGCCUUCUCAAAAGGAUUUUUCUAGAUCUUUUCGUACAAAUUCGGCGUUGCUAAAUACCAGGAGAGAUUAUUAUGAAAUAUUAGGUGUUGGACGCAACGCCUCUCCUGCCGAAAUAAAGAAAGCUUACUACAAAUUAGCUAAAAAGUACCAUCCAGAUGUAAACAAGAACGAUCCUGAAGCUCAGAAGAAGUUCCAAGAAGCUUCAGAAGCAUAUGAGAUUUUAGCUGACGAUGGUAAACGAAAACAAUAUGAUACUUGGGGUGCUACAUCGGAUCAGAUGGGUGGAAUGGGCGGUAGGGGAGAGAGUACUGGUCAAGCGCAUGGACCUCAAGGAUUUAGUCAGCAUUGGCAGUAUCAGUCAACUAUAGAUCCUGAAGAACUUUUUAGAAAGAUAUUUGGUACUGGUGGUUUUGGAAAGGGUUCUUCCUUUGAGGAUUUUGCCGAUAGCAGUUUUGGUUUUGGAGAAGCACAAGAGGUAGUUCUUAGAGUAAGCUUUAGUCAAGCCGCAAGGGGAACUAAUAAGGAUGUUACUAUAAACGUUGUUGAUACUUGUCCAAAAUGUAAAGGAAGUCGAUGUGAGCUUGGUACAAAGGCUACAAAAUGUACUUUUUGUAAUGGAACUGGCAUGGAAAGUAUCACAACUGGUCCGUUUAUAAUGAGGUCUACCUGUAGAUAUUGCCAAGGAACUAGAAUGUAUAUUAAGCAUAAGUGUGUAGAGUGUGAAGGCAAAGGUUCCACUGUGCAAAGAAAGACAAUUACAAUUCCUGUACCAGCAGGAAUCGAAGAUGGACAGACUGUAAGAAUGUCAGUAGGCAACAAAGAACUUUUUGUCACAUUUAGAGUUGACAAAUCUGACUAUUUUAAAAGAGACGGCCCUGAUGUACACACCGAAGCUGAUAUUUCAAUUGCCCAGUCUUUGUUAGGUGGUAGCAUUAAAAUUCAAGGAUUAUAUGAAGAUCACGUCAUACAGAUUAAACCUGGCACUUCAUCGCAUACCAGAAUCAGGCUAAGCGGCAAAGGCAUGAAGAAAGUGAACGGUUAUGGUCACGGUGAUCACUAUGUGACGCUAAAAAUUAAGGCUCCAACUAGGCUCAACGAGAAACAGAAGGCUCUUAUGCAAGCUUACGCUGAACUGGAAGACGACACUCCCGGGCAAAUUUUAGGUGUUAGCUAUAAAAAAGAUGGUAAGAAAGCGUUCGCUACAUCGGGGAAACAAGACUUAUUAGAAGCUAUCAAGGUAGCUCUGGAAGGUAAGCACACCGCCUCUUCACCUUCUGUCACAUCUACAAAUUUAAAUAACGACAUUGAUAAAAAUAGGGGAAAGGAGGUAAAAGAGAAAAAUAAAGAAAAAGCAGGAGACGAAAGUGAUCUAGAAAACGAAAAAUUAAGAAAUCAAAAUUAGGCCAAAAAAACGACCAGUUGUUCAAAGUCAAGUUUUAAUAUUUCCGCAAAAGGGUUAUAAACAUGUUAAGAAUAAAAUACAAGCUUUGACAGUGCAGAUAUAUAGGUAUAUUAUUAUUGUAAUAUAUUGUUAUUCAGU